AUGAUCUUGAUUGGAAACUCGCAUGAAAUCUGUCCUAGUGGCUUGCGACUCUACGAUGUCUUUAUGGAAUUGAACCAAGGGGUUCUGGGCUCUCGUUCUUCCCUCUCUAUUCCUAAUGAGGUGCAGGAGAAUGCGCAGGGUAUGGAUAGCUACGAGAAUCAACAGGAACGACGGGCAAACCUGGAAGAAAGCCAUUGA